AUGAGAGUACCGUUUAGAAAAUUUAUCGAUGAGCAUCCUAACGAAAUAUUAGUCCUUGAUGGUGGCCAGGGCACAGAAUUGGAAAACAGAGGUGUGAAUAUUAAUUCUCCCUUGUGGUCUACUAUUUCGUUCGUAAAUGACAAAUUUUGGGAUGAAAACAUUGAAAACACUGAGAGAAAGUGCAUAAGGGAAAUGUUUAAUGAUUUUAAAGACGCAGGUGCUAAUGUGUUUUCGACUUUAACAUAUCAAACUAGUUUCUCUUCUGUAUCGGAGAAUACUGACAUCAAAAGUUUACAAGAGUAUCAUGAGUUGUUAAGAAAAAUUACAGGGUUUUGCCGAAGGUGCAUAAGUGACGACGAUUAUUUGCUUGGAUGCAUUGGAGCUUAUGCUGCAAGUAUCGGUGCAGAAUAUGAUGGUAAUUAUGGCCUUUUCGCUGGAAAGAUAGAUUACUUAAAGUACUUCAAACCACAAUUAGAUGAAUUCAAUAACGACAUGAAUAUUGAUAUCAUUGGAUUUGAAACAAUACCAAAUAAACAUGAAUUAGAAGCUAUACUAUCCUGGGAUGAAGACAUUAUAAACAGACCAUUUUUUAUUGCAUUGUCAUUAAGUGAUAAAAAUGGAUUAAGAGAUGGAACCUCAUUCGAAGAAAUGGGGAGAUUAUUUGCAAAAUAUAAAGGUAGAAACAAAAAUUUGGUCUAUGUAGGUGGAAACUGUAUAAGUUAUGCAUACUCCAUUGAUAACAUUAGAAAAUUACAUGAUAUUGUACCUCAUUUAAACUUAAUUGCAUACCCAAAUAGUGGUGAAAUAUACGAUCAAAAGUCAAAGCAAUGGUCUUCAACUUCAGCGAUUAAGAUAUCUUGGGAAGAAGUAGUAAACGAAUAUGCAGAUGCUGGCGUUAAGAUCAUUGGCGGGUGCUGUAGAACAACUCCUGACGAUAUAAAACAAAUAAAAAAAGCAGUUGAUGCAUUAUAA